AUGGAAGAGAAGAGUCAACAAUGCACAGCCUCAAAGUCAAGAGUCAACUUUGAAAAUUUUAGCCCUCUUUUUUUCAUUUAUCCACACCAAAUAACGUAGAAAAUAUUGUGCUUAUAAAUGGAUUCUUUGUACUUUUAAUUAACUACGUCCCACCCAGGGUAGAGUUGCAGCAAACCAUGAAGCAGCAGCAGCAGUCUUCUACUUCUCCAGAUCUGGUGCUGUUGGCAAUAGCAGCAAUAAUGUUACUUUUUCUCGCAGGCCAACUCCCAUCUAGCUCUGCUCUAGUUCCUUCUGGUGCAGAGACGAGUCCAAUUGAUGUCCUUUUAUGUGAAAGUAGCUGGAGGAAGAUGUUUCUGGACAAAGAAGGCUGCUCUCGACGUGAAAGUGUGGUCGUGUAUAGCAACAGAAGGUUUUUAAUGAAAUCAGGCGCGAUACUGCCCUAUCCACCAUCACCUACAAGAAAUCCACUAAAAGGGAUGGGUGUACCACUCCCACCACCCCCACCACCCCCAUUGCUAUAACUAUAUUGACUAUCUGCAUGGCUAUAUAUGAAAAGGAAGAUGUUAGUGUGUUAGUGGUUGAAGCAUGUUAGUGUGUUAGUGGUUGAAGCAACUAAGUAUGGCAUUUCUGCUGGAACUUUCUGACAGCAGAUUAGUCUAGGUAAAAUGAUGGGUCUGUGCAUGGUGACCCAUGCUGUUAGGCUAACUACUUUUGUAUUUUUGAAGCCUAUAAAUUAAUGAAAUGAAGCUCAUGAUCACAUGAGCCAAUUUACUUCAAGUAACAGAUUAGUUUAUCUUGUUUUCUGUUAUAAAUCCUUCAAUUGGUAUCAGAGCAUUCCUUAAGUUCUUAGAGGAUCUAUGAGUCCUAAAAAUUGAGUGAAAAGCCAUCAAACACUUUCCAGCCAGCUUUUGUCAACCUUAAAUGGCCUCAAGCAAUUGCUUCUUACCUUCACCUCCUAUUUUUUCUGGUGAAAACUACCAGAUAUGGGCUGUCAAAAUGAAGACUUAUUUGAGUGCUUUUGAUUUGUGGGAAGUGGUGGAAAAUGAGAAGGAACCACCACAACUUCUUGCAAAUCCAACAGUAACUCAAAUGAAAAAUUAUAGUGAAGAAAAUGCAAAGAGGUACAAGGCUAAAAGCUGUAUUGAGUCUUCAGUUUCUGAUGACAUAUUCAUUAGAAUCAUGACUUGUGAAAUUGCAAAACAAGCUUGGGAUGUGCUCAAGGAAGAGUUUCGAGGCAGUGACAAGACAAGACAAAUACAAGUGUUGAAUCUUAGAAGAGAGUUUGAAGUCUUAAAGAUGAAGGAGUCUGAAAAUUUAAAGGAGUACAAUGACAGACUCAUGAAGAUAGUAAACAAGAUUAGAUUACUUGGUGAGGAGCUGUCAGACAAAAGAAUUGUAGAGAAGGUUCUUGUCAGCUUACCAGAGAGGUUUGAGUCAAAAAUCUCAUCCCUUGAAGACUUUAAGGACCUGACCAAGAUAACUCCAGCAGAAUUGUUCAAUGCUUUACAAGCUCAAGAGCAAAUAAGGGCUAUCAGACAAGAGGAUUCAACAGAAGGUGCUUUUACAGCCAAAGAGAAAGGUAAGAUGCAAACAGAAAGCAAAGGCAGAAAACAAGGAGAUCAAAGAAACCGAGGUUCUAGAAACAGUGAAAAGAAAAGAAAAUUUCCACCAUGCUCUCACUGCAAAAAAACUACUCACUUGAAGAAAUAUUGCUGGUACAGACCUAACAUACAAUAUAGGUACUGUAAGCAGCUUGGUCACAUGGAGAAGGUAUGUAAAAACAAAAAACAGCAGCAGCCAGAUCAACAAGCCAGAGUUGCUGACAAUCAACAAUAGCUAGAAGAACAAGUUUUUGUUGCAACUUGCUAUGGAAUCAGAACCUCCUCCAGUGCAUGGCUCAUUGACAGUGGCUGCACACACCAUAUGGCAUCUGAUAUCAACAUAUUCAAAGAACUAGACAAGACCUGCA